GACAACAUGAAGACUUCCUGCGAUGAGAACAGAGGCACAGGUGCCAGCCCUGCAGCCCCCAGAACCCAGACUGGAGGGGGCCAUGGGGCGCUGGACCCUGGCCCUGUCCUGGGUGCUGCUGACCCUGUGUGUCACUGCGGGGACCCCGGAGGUGUGGGUGCAAGUUCAGAUGGAGGCCACCGAGCUCUCGUCCUUCACUGUCCAUUGUGGGUUCCUGGGGUCUGGCUCCAUCUCCCUGGUGACUGUGAGCUGGGGGGGCCCCGAUGGUGCUGGGGGGACCACGCUGGCUGUGUUGCACCCAGAACUUGGCAUCCGGCAAUGGGCCCCUGCUCGCCAGGCCCGCUGGGAAACCCAGAGCAGCGUCUCUCUUGCCCUGGAAGGCUCUGGGGCCAGCAGCCCCCGCACCAACAGCACCUUCUGCUGCAAGUUUGCAUCCUUCCCUGAGGGCUCCUGGGAGGCCUGUGGGAGCCUCCCGCCCAGCUCAGACCCAGGGCUCUCUGCCCUGCCGACUCCUGUCCCCAUUCUGUGGGCAGACCUGGCCGGGAUCUUGGGGGUCUCAGGAGUCCUCCUCUCUGGCUGUGGUGGCUACCUCCUUCAUCUGCUGCACCGACAGAAGCACAGCCCUGCCCCUAGGCUCCAGCCGUCCCACACCAGCUCCCAGGCACCGAGAGCACGAGUAUGGGCACCCAGCCAGGCCUCCCAGGCUGCUCUCCACGUCCCUUAUGCCACUAUCAACACCAGCUGCCGCCCAGCUACUUUGGACACAGCUCACCCCCACAGGGGGCCGUCCUGGCAUAGCACGCUGACUAGGACUCCAGUACCAUGAAGGGAGGCAGUGAGAGCAGAUGUUUGUGCCUCAUUCCUGAUCUCAGGGGGAAAGCAGUAACAGGGUGGGUGCCAAGGAGGGGCAGGGGGCCGGGGCAGGGAUAGACGUGGCUGGUGAGGAAAGGAGGAUAGUUGUUGGGGGAAGGUGGGGACAUACAAGCAGCGGUUCUCGAUGUGCAGGGUCCUGGCCCCCUCCCCUGCCUCUGCUCCUGAACACUGCAUCCCAUGCCUCUCCCAUGGCCACCUGCUGGGCUAAUGGGCUGCAUUUAGACUCUGCCCAUGUUGGAAUCAUGCCCUUCUCCAGGGCCGCCGCCUCCCAAAACCCCCCUCUGAGAGACAGCCACAGCCCCAGGCUUAGCCCCAGGCCCUGUCACUGCUGUUGAGGGAGGGAGGAUGAACCACCCGGGAGACCUCACACCAUUCCAGAGCAGAAAUCCUGACACAAAAGAAAUCUCCCAUGGGGGUUCAGCUGGGUCCAGGGCCCGGAAAGUGACAUAAACAUGCACCUUACAUCUAAGAACGCACGUGGCAGUACCGGGCCUGAGGCCCCUGGGGACUAUGUACCCUCCAGAGCUACCCAGAGGCUGUUGGCUAAAAGUUCUAUGUGGCGCCCUCCUCGGGCAGCCUGGUAAGCAGGUGACCUUCUAGCAGGUGACCUUCUGGGUCCCACGGCUCACAGGCAAGGCAGGAAUGGAACCAAGAGUCAGUCCUCAGUGGCUGGAUGUCGUAUCCCACGCCUGUAAUCCCAGCACUUUGGGAGGCUGAGGUGGGCAGAUCACCUGAGGCCAGGAGUUUGAGACCAGCCUGGCCAACAUGGUGAAACCCUGUCUUUACUAAAAAUACAAAAAUUAGCUGGGCAUGGUGGCACGCACCUGUGAUUCCCAGCUACUUGGAAGGCUGAGGCAGGUGAAUUACUUGAACCCAGGAAGCAGAAGUUACCGUGAGCCAAGAUCACACCAUUGCACUCUAGCCUGGGCAACACAGCGAGAAUCCAUCUCAAAGAAAAAAAACAAACCUCAGGCGGGGAGCCACCCUCUUGAGGCCCUGCCCAGACAGCCAGGGGGUCCCUUGUCCUCUCUUCAGCCCACCUUUGCAGGUGGGACCAGUUCAGUCCAAAGCCCCUGUGCCUCAGUUUCCCUGUGGGUUGAAUGAGGAGAAUGAGGUGUGUAGGGCCUGGCUCAGGCGGAGGGGUUUCCUGAGCACGGA